AUGACCGAGUCUGUCUCUGAGAGUGAUUCCAAAGAGUACCACGACCUUAAAGCGACUGUUCAAGCUACCACCGAUUCCGAGAUCAAGUCCCUACCCGUCACCGUUGCCGGCAAUGGGACCACAAAAGCGAGCGACGCAACGCCUGGGGGAAACUCGUCACAGGUCGAACUCACGGAUCAAACUCAAAGGCUCCCUUUUGCAAGGCUGAUCGUCGUCUACUUGUGUCUUGCCAUGUGCUUCUUUGUCUCUUUCCUGGAUGUCAACUCGACGACGACUGCAUUGCCAGCGAUUGCUCGUUCAUUGGGAAUUUCUAGCACCAUUACCUGGGUCGGUACGUCCUAUCUGCUGGCGCAGUGCGCCUUUCAGGUGCUAUACGGCCGGCUGGCAGAUAUAUUUGGGCGGAAGCCCGUGUUGAUCGGCUGCGUGCUCAGCUUGAUCAUUGGCGAUAUCCUAUGCGGAUUUGCCAAGAAUGGUCCCUGGCUGUACACCUGUCGAGCGAUUGGAGGCAUUGGAGGCGGAGGGAUUAGCUCUCUGGUUCAGAUCACCGUCAGCGACCUUGUCUCCCUGAAGGAGCGAGGCAAAUAUCAGGGCAUGUUAAGCGGAGCCAUCGGGCUGGGGGCUGGAGCCGGGCCCUUUACGUCCGGUGCAUUGGUCCAGGGCCACGAUGGACGAUGGCCUUGGGCCUUCUGGGUUCCUGCCAUACUGGCAUCGCUGUGCAUCCCACCGUUGGUGGUUCUUCUCCCCCAAAAAUCGGUGGUUGGGAGCUGGAAGGAAAAGGUGCGCAAGGUGGACUGGAUGGGUCUUUUUACUGCAGUGACAGGGGUAUUAUUCGUUUUGAUCCCCGUGAACUCCGGAGGGAGUGUUUUCCCAUGGCACGGCUCGAUCGUCAUUGCAUUGCUGACAGUGGGAUCGGUGUUGACCGUCUUUUUCUGCCUAGUCGAAUGGAAGCUAACGCGGCUGCCGAUGAUGCCGCUUCGGUUAUACUCGUCGCUGUCCCGGAGCACGCUCUUCUCGCAGAACUUCCUUUUCGGAUUUGUAUGGCAGGCAGACCUCUACUUCCUGCCCAUCUAUUAUCAAGACGUUCGAGGUUUUGCCCCGCUCAAAUCGGCCUAUCUGUCGUUGCCGCUACUUCUCGCGCAGAGUCUCGGCGGAGUGCUCUCGGCCCCGGCCAUGACUUUUACCGAACGGUACAUGCCAGUCCUUUGGCUAGGAUUCGUGCUCUGGACAGUCGGAGCAGGGUUGAAGUUGCUAUUUUCCCGCACCACUGCUAUCGGCGUGUACGUGGUGGCUGCCCUUGUCGAAGGGGCAGGCGUUGGGUUCGUUUUCCAACCCUCUCUCGUGGCUUUACAAGCGCUUUCGACAAAAGCUGACGUCGCCGUCACCACCUCGACACGAAAUUGGAUCAGAGCACUGGGCUCUGCAGUUGGAGUGGCCGUGUCAACGGCCGUUCAGUACGCCGUGACGAUCAGCUCGCUGCCAUCCGAUCUGCCCCCCGACAUUGCCUCGGCGGUCAAAGCCGGGACCUGGACUGCCGACGGCGGAGUGCCCGCGUGGAAGAAUGCUGUGCUUGAUGCUAAGAUGAGAGGCAUCAACCGAGUCUUUGUCACUUUCUUACCUCUGAUCGGCCUCUGUCUCGUGGGAUGUUUGUGGAUCCGCGACGUCCCUCUGCGUGGGGAUGACGAGGAUGACAAGCAGACGAAUCAAAAGCGACUGAUCUCGAGGUACAACGAACUGAUAGAAAUGACGCGGAGAACAAAAAGGGGCUGA